UCUUCGUUCUAGGGUUUGUGUGGAUGCAUGCGCCAUUGUCGAGGGAACAAUGUCGCAUUUCGGACGUGCCGGCCCGCCCGACAUACGGGAUACGUACUCGCUUCUCGUCCUCAACAUCACAUUCAGAACUACCGCCGAUGAUCUCUACCCUCUCUUCGAUCGCUACGGCAAAGUUGUGGACAUUUUCAUCCCCAGAGAUCGCAGGUCUGGUGAGUCACGAGGAUUCGCAUUUGUACGCUACAAGCAUGUGGAUGAAGCACAAAAGGCGAUCGAUAGACUGGACGGUAAGAAUCUGAACGGACGUAACAUCAUGGUUCAGUUUGCAAAGUAUGACAAGAACUCUGAAUCAACAUAUUGUGGAAGAAUAACAACGUCCAUAUGCAGCAGGUCACGGAGUCGGAGCCCGAGACGACCAAGUCGAUACAGGGAAGAGUAUGGACGAGGGAGGGAUUAUCGCGACAACUUCCGCGGAAGAGACAGAUACGAGCACGAACGAAGCCGGGACGAUCACUUUUAUGAGCACGAUCGCAUGAGAGACAGAUACGAGCGCAGAGAUAGACACGAACGUGACUACAGGCAUCAACAUGAACGAAGCCGGGACUCACACGACGUUGGUCGGACCAAAGAAAGAUACGAGCGGGAUCGCUUUGAUGCCGAGGUUGGAAGAGGCGGCCGAAGUAGGAGCCGGAGCAGGGACCGCUAUGCAGAAGAUGAUCAUCGCGAGGCAAGAGGAAGGCCCGUCGAACGUACUAACUCGUCACCAGCACCACUAAGUCCUGCUCCAGCUCGGUUAUCGAGUCCUGUCCGGGAAACAGCGUUGGGAUCACCAAGGCCAGUGACGACGGCGAACAGAGACGCAAGUCCUUUGGAGCAAGCAAGGAAAAGCGAGCGGUCUCCAGUCCGAAGUUUGUCGCCAGAGAAAAGCUACUCCAAUGGAAAGCGUGAAGCUUCUCCAGGACCCGUAAGUCCCGCUGGCAUCGGCGUCGAUAUCCAGAGCCCCUACAACACCGACCCCGAUGAGUCAUAAUCUCGAUGCCUACGAGACGCUGUCCUUCUAGUUGUGGUAGUCAUUUAGUCGUCGGAAUGACACUUUUGAAGGUUUGGACUGUAGUCUCGUGUUGCAGAUUUGUGAGCUUGCAUUUGUUUUUCUGUUCUUUCAGCAUCUAAUUUUGUGCUGGGUUUUAAAUAGUCUGCUGGUGGCUGUGGUGGUGGGUUCCAAGGGGACUUUGGUGCUGUACGGUGGAAACCUGUGCGGUUUAGAAUAGGUCUGUACACUUAAGUUGUUUCGUUUUUCUCUUUUUCUUCCUUUUGGUCUGGACUAACUGUUCCAGCACAAGUUGGUGUUUGCAGGACAUUUGUUGCAGCAAGAAAUUUGUGGUAGGUUUUCUUUGCACAUAAUAAUGUAGUGGUGACAUUGUCACCCGCUCCAAAACAAGCACUCCAUAUGCUCUUCUGUUGACCAAUUUCUCAACUCAACUGGCUUAAGUUUAAAUGGUGUUGUUCUGGAUUCAAACAUGUAAUAUAAUGAACUACAACUGGUUUAAAAA